AUGACUGUUCAAGGUUUCAACAUUCAAGGCAGCGGCAACAUUCUUAAAGGUGCUUCCGUAGCGAAUAACACCGCGGAAACUGUGGUAAGUCAUGAGUCGGACAAUGCAGAAAUAGAUAGCGAAGAAGAAAAUAUAAACACCAGCAAAUUCAAAGAAAAAUCAACCCAAUCAAAAGAAGAUAAAGAACUUGAAGAAUUAUUAAAAAAAA